ACCUCAGUCACUCACUAACUUUGACACUCGGCAUCAGCAGCAACCCAACACAUCUCCUAACUACUAGCUACUAGUCUAUCUAUCUAUCCAGUGCCACCCGCCCUACUCCUCCCUCUCGCAUCACGAAUGCGCACUCUGUGCUGACGUGGUCGCCUUGCAGCAUUCCACACACAUUACAUUUGCAUUCGCGCGACACAUACUACGGAGUACAUAAUAUAGGGAAUUUUCCCGCCCGUGGGCAGUCCGUAGAGGCAUCUCCAUUUCUCUUCUUCGUUUGGUUUUCUUUUCGGUCAAUUCGGGUUAUACUAUACCACGAACUAUUCAACCCCACCAUUCACCCACCUACAUACCCACUAUUAUACUAACCCCCAAUCCAUAAUCAUACCAACGAUCACACCGAAAGAACCAACCAAAAAGGAAACAAACAUGGCAGUCGGCCACCCCAUCCGCCUCCGCCGGGCCCUCAGCACCGCAACGACCAAAUCCCGCUCCCUUUCCACUCCCCGAUUCUCCAUCCUCCAACUCCAAGUCCUAGUGCACUUAUUCCGAGUCGCCCUCUCCCUCGCUCUCCUACCGCUCGACAACACCAUCCUUCUCGCCGCCUACGCAGCAGGAUUCUUCCCCUUCUCUCUAACGGAUAGCAACAAAGCCGGCGCUCGCCGCCGCGCCGCUGCUCUCCGCUCCAGCAACUUCAAGCCCCGAACUGUCCUCGUCACGGGUAUCGACACACCGUAUGGCCUGGCCAUCGCGCGCGGAUGGUAUUACUCGGGCCAUCGGGUAAUUGGGGCCGAAGUGGUAGGUGGGGAUGAAUCGGGCGUGGCGUGCGGGGAGAGUAUGUCGCGGGUAUUGAGCGGGUAUUAUCGCAUUAAUUCUACCACUAGCGCAAGCACCGCUACGAAGGGCUACGCAGCGCAGUUGUUAGACGUUGUGAUGAAAGAGAACGUGGACGUGUGGAUCCCGUGCUGCGAAGAGACGGAAGGGGAAGAGGAUGCCGUCGCGAAGGGAGUGAUUGAGGCGCGGACGGGGUGUAAGUGCGUGACGCUUGAUCGGGGAAUGGCGGAUAUACUCUCACAAUCCUCAUCGAACCGGGAAGCUUUCCUGGCAUUUUUGGUCGAGAAGGGAUUACCUGUUGUGGAGAGACACGAGGUGCUGUCUCGGGAUGCGGUGCAUAAGAUCCUCCAUCGGUCGCCGACCAAAGUGUGGAAUAUGCGGAGGGCGGAUGAGAGAGAGGUGAUGCUGCCGAAACGGACUCUUAGUCUGACCUAUUCUGAGGUCAGUGAGAUUCGCAUCUCCAGGGAGAGGCCGUGGAUGUUGCAGCAGCAGACGAGGUUGGGAGGGUUUUAUGCCGAGAUGGCGGUCGUUGCCGGGAAGGUCAAGGCGACUAAGAUCUACCCCGCUGAGGAGGAUGGAGACGGUGGUUGGGGCCAAUCACCGAUGGACCGCGGGCUGGCGACGGCAAUUCAGGCGCUGAUGGAGCGGUUUGCCAGCCAGAUGGGUGCCCGGUUGACGGGGCAUUUGCGCUUGAAGGUGAUGGUGGAUGAGGAGGUGAGCGACAAUUCUCUGCGGUAUGUGAUACUUAUUGAUAGCUGCACGCAUGGCGCGUCGGCGGUCAAGUAUCUCAUCUUGGAGGACGAUUUAAAGACCCUGGUGGACGGAUAUCUGGAGGCGUUGACGCCGCAGACGAAUGGUGUCGCCGAGGGGGAGGCUGUGAUGAAUGGCACAGCGGAUGCUGCGUCUGCGUCUGCGUCUGCGUCCUUGAAGGCGGAUAUCACUACGCCUCCUCCGCGUCAACGGUUCAGUCUGUUUCGCACGGCGAAGAAAGCCAAUGUGAAGGUAUUCGGAUCGCUGGGGAAGCAGGUUGAUCGUGCUCUUCAUGAGGGGAGUAAGCUCCUGUUCUUCUGGAAGAAUCAGAAGUUCUCGCAGCUGGAUCCGUUGCCGUGGUGGUGGCAUGCUCAUGUCUAUCAGCCGUUAAGGGAGUUGGAAAUGAUUGUGAAGCCGAAGAGAGUGAAGAGGGCGUGAUUACUUAUGCUCUCCGUCAUCUACCCAUUCAUUCAUUCGUUCUCUUCUCUCUUAUAUUCAUUUAUUGGUUAUUUCGUUUGUUCCACUCAGCAUGGAAGGACGGAAGGACGGAACCACAGGACAGGACACGAUGUUACGAUUACUUAUACAAAGGAGCAUCAGGUGGCGCCUUGGGAUAUUACUCGGUUUUUGCAAUUUUGGUAAUGAUAGUAGUAUAGC